UUCGCGCUUCGGUCACUCGUGGCGGUCGCGCCAAACAAAAUUUGAUUCAGUUAAUCGCGACAUUAGCAUUGACGCGGACGUUUCUCGCGUUACAAUUAACGAGUUGUUUUGAAUUACCGCUGUAAACUUGCAAAGUUAAUUAACAUUAAAAAUGGCGUCGGAACUAAGAACAGAAAAGGGGUCUUCUAACGGAUUGGCGGAUAAAGCUCCCUGGACUGACGAGCAAGGCAUAGUGAUGAAGGUGUACCAAGCAAUGACGCUGACUCUGGAGAUCGUGACCCUCUAUAUCAAGAUGGUCCUCACCUGGUUCCAUGCUAUGUACCUGCUGGUAGUGCCCCCCGAGCCGAAGAGUGUCAAUGGAGAGAUUAUCCUUAUUACCGGCACAGGCCACGGCAUGGGUAGGGAGACAGCGAUGAGGUUUGCCAAGCUCGGAGGCGUGAUAGUCUGUGUGGAUAUCAACCAGAAAACCAAUCAAGAGACCGUGGACCUCAUCAAGGAGCAGAAGGGAAAGGCGUAUCGAUUCGAAUGUGACGUCACAGACAGCGAGGCAGUGAAGGCUCUGGCCGAGAAGAUCCGUCGUGAAGUAGGCGACGUUACCAUGCUGGUGAACAACGCCGGCAUCAUGCCCUGCAAGCCGCUGCUGCAGCAUGGGGAGGGGGAGAUCAGGGCCGCCUUCAAUGUCAAUGUCAUGGCUCAUCUGUGGUUGAUCCAAGCCUUCCUACCCUCUAUGAUGGAGCGAAACCACGGUCACAUCGUGGCGAUGUCUUCGAUGGCCGGUGUCCUUGGACUACGGAAUUUAGUUCCAUAUUGCGCCACCAAGUUCGCUGUCAGAGGGCUAAUGGAAGCGCUGCACGAAGAGUUAAGGGAGGACACGAGAGAUUUCAGUGGCAUCAAAUUCACGGUGAUCUGCCCGUACAUAGUGGACACGGGACUGUGCAAGAACCCCAAGAUCAAGUUCCCGUCGAUGAUGAAGAUCCUGACGCCUGAAGAAGCUUCCGACUGCAUCGUGGACGCGGUCCGGAGGAACUACUACGAGAUCAGCAUACCGACGUCGCUCUUAUACGUCAACACUAUUUGCCGUCUAAUGCCGAGGUCUGUGUCCUCGCAUUUGAAGGAUUUUUUGGAUUCAGGACUUGAAGCCCAGUAAAAUUUAAUAUUAAACUAAAAUAGUGGUUUUAGUAUUAGCGGUUGUAGGAAUUUCCGAAGAUAAGCCUAAUUUUUUUUUCAAAUAAAAAAUAGUGCCAAUUUUUUUUUAAAUGAAUGUUGCGAAUGUAUUUUACUGUUAUUUUUUUAAUAUAAGAAUCUAAAUGAGAAGAUCCUAAUCGAUCUAUAUAAGUUGAGCUGAUUUUUGUGAUAUCAAAAUGCGACGGUAUAUUAUUAAGUAAUUGUAUAUUAAGUAUAUUUAACCACUUAUUAGGUACUCGCUUAACAUAUUCUAUUACGGAAUAUGUAG